AUGCAACAAUUUAAUGGCACAUGGAAUUUUGAUGAAAAACAGUUGGAAAAAUUUCUAAACGUGAGUGUUGAUAAAUAUCAACAAAUCCUAGCUUUGGGAGAAGAUAAAGUGAUUCUAUCAUCAAUUAUUGUUCUUGUCAUGUUGAAAAAACAGUAUCAAAACGAUGAACAACUGUGGCAACCAAUUGUUGAUAAAACAAACAAAUACUUAUUGAAACAUUUGGCCAGCAAAGAUGAGUUGAAUAGACUGAUUGAAAUGAUUACGAAUAUUUUAUAG